UUGUGAACAAUGGGAUGGGGCAGCUGGGUGGGGCAUUGUGAGCCACAUGCCUGGGCUCCCCCUGGGUCAGUGGGCUUCAGUCUGGAGGUGAUUGCAGAAGGAGGAGCAGCUCCCUCUGUAGCCUCUUCAGGCAGUAGUUGUGUCUCUUCAGCGUUUGUUGGGUUCACAACCUAUUUAAAAACCAGCUGGUCUUCAUCCUCCCAGACAAGUCAGCUCACGGGAGGCGGUGGGGUGCGGGCCUUGGCCUGAGCCCCACCUGGGGCUGAGCUGUGGGGCAGGCAGGAGAGCAGCAGGCAAGACCAUCUCUGCAGGUGCAGCGAAGCCCUGGCCUAGAACAGCCGAUGUGAGAGGCCAAACCUUCAAGCUAAGGCACAGGUAGUGGCAGAGAGGAGUAGAGGAGCCCCAUGGGGAACACACUGAACUGUUGUGUGUGCCCCAAGUGGGGCUGGCACCGGAGUCGUGUGUGGCCCUGUGAGUCUGAGAUCUGUGAGGCAGCAACUGGGAACACAGCGCCAGUAGCACCAGUGCCUGCUGCUGUAGAGUCUACCGAAUUUGCUUUUGAAGCUGUUGAGAGUUUCCAUGUACACCACAUCCAUGACCGAGAGAUGCCAGAAGAUAGAGCUUUGGAGCCAAACCCUUCUGAUGAUCCAAGGGCAAGCACAAUCUUCCUGCAAAAAUAUCAAAUAGAUGUUCAAGAAAAGAGAAAGAGCAGAUGCACAAACCAUCUAUCUACUAAGCCUUUAACUACAAAGUACAGCUCGUGUUCAACCAUAUACUUAGAUGACAGCACAGUCAGCCAGCCUCAUUUUACAACCACAAUAAAAUCUGUGGCCUUAGCAAUAUAUUAUCACAUGAAGAAAAGAGAUGCAGAUAAAUCCCUCGAUAUAUUUGACGAGCAAUUACAUCCACUUGCUCGAGGAAAGAUGCCAAAGGAAUACUUUGAGUGUGUUCCUAAACACAAGUUUAUUUACAGAUUCGUCCAUGUUCUUUUUAAAGCCACAAACCUAACAGCUGAAUUUGCAAUAGUAACUUUGAUUUACACAGAAAGACUCUUAAGUUAUGCUGAGAUAGACCUUUGCCCGACCAACUGGAAGAGGAUUGUCAUAGGAGCCAUUCUUCUCACCUCCAAAGUUUGGAAAGAUGUGACUAUAUGGAAUAGGGAAUACUGCAAGCUCUUUGUGAAUGCUAGCAUUGAAGACAUAAAUGAGCUUGAAAGACAGUUUUUGCAGCUAAUUGACUAUAACAUCAAAGUUUCUGGAAGUGUUUAUGCCAAGUACUAUUUUGAUCUUCGAUCCUUGGCAAAGGACAAUAGCUUGCAUUUGCCAUUUUAUCUUCUCAACAAAGAAAGAGCACAGAAACUGCAAGCUGUUUCAAGGGUGGAAGACACAAAAAUCUUUUAUAGUGCUACCAUGAGAAGGUCCUUCAGCGCUGAUAAUUUCAUUACUCUUCAGCGCUCUAAACCCAUUAUCUCUUGAAAGAAGAAAUGAGGGGCUAUAUCAUCUGAACCCCUCAUCAAAAAAGACGGGAAAAUAUUACCUCUCUUGCUCAACAACUAGAAAAGUCAGUAUUUUCAAAAGAAGAAAGAUCUUAAAGUUGAGAGACUUGUGGACAACUAGGACUGCACUCCACAGGAAAAAAAAAUGGGAUCUUUGCAGUGCAACAACUCUCGUACACUCUUCUGUCUUGCUAAACGUAAACAGAUGCAUUUAAAAUAAAUGCAGUAUUACUAUUAAAACAUGGGACUGUAACAACUCAUGAAGCCACUGGAAGCAGACUGCUCAUUUUCAGGUGUCAAAGAGUUCUUCCUGCCUACUCUUACCAUCGGAGCUGCUCGUCACUGGCAAUCAUUUUAAACAAAAGCUGAUGGAGGACAUUUGCUGUUCCUAUCUUUUGCAAGCAUUACUUGCUAACAUUUUAGCAUGUUUGGGGUCACAAAAGAAAAACUAUUAGUUAUUGGUUACCUACUUGUAUUAGGGUCCAUGGUAUGUUUCUUAUAAACUGUAAUGAUCCUUCUCA